UGACGUCACGCUCAACAUUGGUUCAGUUGGUAAUGCAAUAAAUCCGUACUUUGUGUGUAUGUGUGUAGUAUAUCCGUAUCGCAGGGAAGUUCACUUUUGUGGCCGUUUCUCAUUGAGGGGAUAUGUUGACGAUUCUUUUCGCCAAUUUGUACGGUUUGCAGUAAAUACAUAAGGUCCACGUUCGGUGGUCACAUUCCGUCCUGCAUCUAUCUGGACGGCAAAGAUGGACUAUGAGGAUGAGCAAUACGACGAAGUUGAUUCUGGCAACGAAUCCAGUGAGGAUGAUGUCGAUUUUGCAAUGGAUGAUGAGGUUUCCGUGCACAGAGAUAAACAAAAUGAUUCGGACGACUAUCCAUUUGAGGUUUUGUCCACCGAGGAGAUCGUCAAACACAUGGUGGACUGCAUCAAAGAAGUGAACACUGUUGUUGAAAUGCCAACUACAGUUACCAGAAUCUUAUUGAAUCAUUUUAGAUGGGACAAGGAGAAGUUGAUGGAAAGGUUUUAUGAUGGGGACCAAAAGAAACUCUUUUUAGAAGCCAGAGUGAUUAAUCCAUUUGAUAAAAUAAUUCCUUCAAAAAUAUCUACACCGAGGAUUAUAAAUGGAACCGAGGAAUGCGAGAUCUGCUUCAUUGUUUUCCCUUGCUCUCACAUGACUGGUUUAGAAUGUGGCCACAGAUUUUGCACCCUAUGUUGGGGAGAAUAUCUAACCACCAAGAUUAUGGAGGAAGGUGUAGGACAAACUAUUGCCUGUGCUGCCCACGGAUGUGAUAUCCUAGUUGAUGAUGCAACUGUCAUGAGAUUAGUGAAAGAAUCUCGUGUGAAAGUUAAAUAUCAGCACUUGAUCACCAACAGCUUCGUUGAGUGCAACAGAUUACUAAGAUGGUGUCCAUCGCCGGAUUGCUGUAAUGCUAUUAAGGUGCAAUAUGUAGAUUUUCAUAAGGUUCAAUGCAAAUGUAAUCACACGUUUUGCUUCGCAUGCGGUGAAAACUGGCACGAUCCUGUGAAAUGCCACCUACUACGAAAAUGGAUCAAGAAGUGUGACGAUGAUUCAGAGACUAGCAAUUGGAUAGCAGCAAACACGAAGGAAUGUCCUAAAUGCAACGUAACAAUCGAGAAGGAUGGCGGCUGCAACCAUAUGGUUUGUAAGAACCAAAACUGCAAAUCAGAUUUCUGUUGGGUGUGUUUGGGCCCGUGGGAACCACAUGGUAGCAGUUGGUAUAAUUGCAACAGGUACGAUGAGGAUGAGGCUAAAGCAGCUAGGGACGCUCAGGAGAAGUCGCGUUCGGCCCUCCAAAGGUAUUUGUUCUAUUGUAACCGUUAUAUGAACCAUAUGGCUUCGUUAAAAUUCGAGAACAAACUGUACACUUGCGUCAAAGCAAAAAUGGAAGAGAUGCAGCAGCACAACAUGAGCUGGAUCGAGGUGCAGUUUUUGAAACGAGCAGUCGAUAUUCUUUGUCAGUGCAGACAGACCCUCAUGUUUACCUAUGUGUUUGCCUACUAUCUAAAGAAAACCAAUCAGUCUGUGAUUUUUGAAGAUAACCAAAAAGAUCUAGAGAGCGCUACAGAGACGCUGUCGGAAUAUUUGGAGAGGGAUAUUACGUCUGAAAACUUAGCCGACAUCAAACAGAAAGUUCAAGACAAAUACAGAUAUUGCGACGGUCGCCGGAAAGUGUUACUGGAACAUGUCCAUGAAGGUUAUGAAUCUGAUUGGUGGAGCUACAAUGAAUAAAGUCUAGUCCUCUGAUAACCUAGCCGUAGUUACCUCAAAUGCCGUAUUGUACUUAUGACUUUGUAUUAUUUACGGUAUUUCUCCAUAAUUUUACAGUAUCUUUGUUGCGACUGAAUACUUAAAAAAAAUAAUUGAGAUGACGAUGAACACCUACCAAAAUUGGAUAAAUUCUAAUUGUUAUUCGCUGGCAGGACCGGGAGAAAAGUUCGUAUAAUUUUAAUCACUACAAUUUGUUCGAAAGCAAUCAACCCCAAAUCCCCACUCCUAUUAAUUAUUAAUAUUAUUAGUUUAUGUUAAAAAAAAAUGAAGAAUGAAAUAAU